AUGGUUGAUUUUGAAAAUGCUUGUGCUGAUUUAGGAUUAGAACUUGAACUUGAGUUUGCUGGGUUCUUAAACUCUUUAGAACUGAGUAACGAAAAACUCACUGGUUGUACAUGCCUUGGGGGUGGUUGUGAAAUUUGUGAAGAAAUCAGUUCUGCCAUAUGUUCUGCUUCUAACUAUUUUGCAGGUGCCAAGGAAGAGAUCAUUAUGUUCAAGCUGGAUGGAAAUGACCCUGAUGAGGUAGCUAGUGAUCAGAGAACACAGGUUUAUUCUGAACUUAGCAUUCCCAUAGAGUUCUCUAAGGUUCAAUAUGAAUUUAAUGCUUUGGAUCUGUUUAAAGUUGAACCCAUAGAACCUACUCUAGAUUAUGUUCCUGUUAUGCCUGCACACACUCAUAUUUUAGAUUCAGCCUUUUCCAUUGAAAAUAUUGACAUGCCUUAUGCUGUUUCAGAGUUAUGCACUGGUUUUGACAUUAUUCCAGUUGAUGAUAGCUUCACAGUAGGUGUUCAUUUAGCUGCUGAUUUGAUAGAUGCUAGUGAGGUCAUUUUUGAGGAACCAGUCCAGGUUAUGAUGGAGACACAUGCUGACUUCGAAUUCAGUGAUGGCAUUGCAGAAUUAAACAAAGAGGAAGCUGCAGAGACAAAGGCAACCCUGGUGGAGGCAAUAGAUGGUGUCAAUAUUGCUAAAGGAGUCUUGAACGUGCAGAAGCAAUUGAAAAAUUUGAAUGGAGAACUGCAGUUACUGCAACAAAUGCCUAAGCAGGAGAACUUCAAUGCAGCCAUGGAGACAAUACACAAAGGAGCUGAGCACAAUGGAGAAAAUCCAAUAAGCUCUUUCUUUUCCCUUCUUUUAAAUAGUAGUUACAGGUCUUUUAUAGUAGUUUACAUAGCUUUAAGUAGCAUAAUAAAUAGUAGGAUAGAUAAUAUGUUGUUUUUCAUAAAAAUAAAACGAAUUAACUUUGAUUUGUGGCCAAUCUGAAUAAGUUCUUUUCCUCUUUAGUUUUAUAGUUUUACUUUUAAGUCUUGUUUCUAUUCUUGUUCAGUUGUUGUUCUUUUUGUGUUUUUCAGUUUCUAUUCUUGUACAUAUUUGUUGCUGUUUGAUUUGAGUAUGUUUUUGUUGAUUAGAAAACCUUACUCACUCACACAUUGAGGGCAAUGUGCCUCUUAAGUGUGGGGGUGAGGGGUUGUAGUUAAAAUUUUUGCUUUUACUUUGAUAGAUGUGUUUAGUAUCUGUUUUAGUAAUAAAAUAGGGGUAUUUUUUUUCUGAACUGUUUUUCUCUUAGUUUAGGUCUGGUUUGGUUUAUAAAUCCCUAGAGUAGUUUACUAUUCUUUCUUUAGUCUGUAAAUACUUACUCUUGUUACUGAUCUGUUUUAGUUUAGUUGUUAGUUUUGUUGAUAAUAGUUCUUAGGUCUUUUAAAGUUCAUUCAUUUUCUGGUUUAUGUUGUUUUAGCUUAGGUUCUUUUACUGUUUUUUUUUUUUGUUAAAGAACUUCUUUUAGGUCCCUUUUUCUUUGCUUAUUUCUAUUAUUUUCUCCUCCUUUGUAGUUACUUGUUCUGUUUUAAGCUCUUGAUUAGUUUCAUGCUUUGUUUCAAGUUUUCAAUUAGGAUUUUCUUUUCAUAAUUAGUUUCUAUUUUCUUUCUGCUACUGUUUGUAAAAUUUUCUGAAUUUAGUUUGUCAAUACUUAGUUUUUUAUGCUUUUAGAAUAUGUUUUAGGCGGUAGGAUUAGACUUUAUUUUUGCUUAUAGUUUCUGUAAUUAGAAUUCAUAUUAGAAUUUCCUUUCUCUGCUUAUAUUCUUGCCUUCUAUUUCACGAAUUAGAUACUCUUUAAUUUCUGUUUUAGCAUUUGUUUCAGUUUUAUUUUACCUUAUAGGUUCUGUUCUGAGAUUUUAAUUUCUGAGUCCUGUUCUGGUUUUCAGUAAUUUUCUAGGAUCUCUUCCAUUCAUUGUUACUGUUAUGAUUUUCUUAGUUUUUUUUUCUCUUUUAAAUUCGAGUCUGUUUUAGUUUAGCUAGGUUCAGAGUUAACUCUUUGAUUGUUUUUUCCUUUUACUGUCUUUCUGUUCUAGAAGCGUUUUAGAUGGGAGUUGGUUUAGGUUAUGUUUAGAGUUCUUUCUUUCUUCUUUUGCUGUUUUCUUUCCAGACUUGUAAUUAGGAUUUGUUAGCUUAAUAUCAUUCUGCUUUAGAUGUCUCUUUUGCUGUUUUACUUUGUAGAGCUUUAGUUGAGAUUCUUUCUGGUUGCAUUCUGUUUAGUUUUACUUUGUCUAGGUUGUAAAUAGCUUUAGGUAAUGUUGUGCAGGUAUUUCUAGAUUCUAUUUCACAUUUUACUUAACUUUUUGCUGACUUACUUAACUUCUUAGCUUUAUUUCUUUAAGAUAGAUUGCCAAUAGUGUCUUUAGCUCUAGAUUUGAGUAGAUGUAGCUCUAGCAGUAGUUUUUGCAGUUAGUUCAGUCUAAAUAAGCAGGUUUUGCAUGAUAGAGAGUAGCAAUUCCAUUUUUUACAAAUCUUUAACCCUGGAGAGUUUUGGGCCAAUUUUUUCUUUCUAGUGUGAAUGCAUGCAUGUAUAGUCAUAGUUCUGAUUUUGUAUUAAUUCUCUUUGAUGUGCUUGAUCUUGGUAGAACUUAAGAAAUGAUCUAGGCCUUCUUUCUUCUUCCCAUUCACAUUUCUUUCCAUUGUACCCUCAUUUGAGCCUUAGCCUUUUUCUUUGCUUUCCAUCCAUUAUAAACCAUUUCCCCCGUCAAUAAACAACCUUGAGAGAUGUGUGAGAAGUAAGGAGAAUUUAGAACUCAGAAAGCAGAAAAGAGUAAGGUCAGAGGUGAGAUUGAAAAGAAAAGAGCUCUAAAAAGAAAAAAAUCUAAUCUGAAAAAUAGAAGAAAAAGGUCUGGAAAAGAGAAAAAGAGAAAAUUGAUUGAGAAAAAGACCUGAGAAAAAAAAAAAAGAGAUUAUGGCCAAGAAAAGAAUGCAAUACCUGCAGUGAGUUCUAUUUGUCCUCUUUCACAUUUCUCUUAUCCAUUCCAGUUUCUGCUUUUAUUUCCCAUACAUCUAGCCUUUCCAUCCUCCAUUACAUUACAAGCCAUGAAAGUUCUAGUGAUCUAGAGUUAUCUUGAUUCAAGCAGUGUCAAUUAGAAUUUUUCCAAAGUUGUGAAUUGUGGUCUAUCAUGUUAUGUGGAGUGAAACACAGGCUGACCUAAGCACUUGAGUGCUUUGAGAGAAACACUGAGGUUGAAUUUGGGCUGCUACUUCUCUGAAUUGUAUCUUUCUGUUUGGUUUGGUCGAAUUUAACUGUUGUUUACUUGCUAGAGUUACUGAAACUUAGAUUUAGAGUUGGUGAUUCUGUUUGUGCAGUUCUGAUUAGAGAAAAAUAGCUGGUAGUUGUGUAAUUAGCAGAGUUGAGUUGAAUGUGAUAAGAGUAUAGUGUUCCUUGUUGUGUGUCUUUAGUCUUUUCUUUUUACAUAGAGUCUCUUGCUUUUGCCUUUUAUUUUUAGUUGUCCCUGCCCAGGAGGGCAGUUGUCUAAGUGUGGGGGUGUGAUAACACUCUAGAUUUACAUAUUUUUCUCUGUUAAAAAUCAUUUCUUAGAUUUCUUUAGUUUUUAAUUUCUUAGAAUUAGGCUAGUUUUAUGUUUUUCUCUUAAUCCUUUAGUUUUAUAAAAUUCUAGUUAAAAUUAGGUUUUUAGGGGUAAUUUUUAGCAUUUGUAAAUAAUUAGGAUAUUAAUAUUUUUUUAGAGAAAAUCUUCUAAUGAAAAUCUUUUUUCUUUACUUUUUCUUUUAAUUUUUGAAUUGCAGAAAUAUUUCUUUUAUUUUUUUUGGGCAUUAAUUCAUUUUCUUCUUAUUGCAGAAAGGUCCUAAAAAUUGGGUUACAGAUGCAAAGCAAUUGGGCCGUUGGUGCAAUGUACAAUGAAAGGCAUUUGGGUUGGAUUGGGUGCUCAAAUUGCUGGAAACUACUGCUGGAACGCUGCUAUUGCAAGCAUUGGAAUGGACUGGCUGCACAUUUUAAUUGGAGUGCUGAUUUCACAAUGGAUUGGCUGCUGAUUGGAAGCCCACUUAAUCAAAACGCUACAGCUAAACUUGAGUGAAACGACUGCGUUUUGGGAGGACUGUUGUUGUAAACGCUGGUGGGCUGAAAUCCAAUUAGUGAUGUGGUGCGUUUUGGUGCACUGUUGCCUUAGGGGUUCUUUGCUGGAGCACUUCAUUUGGAGAAAGGGAAAGCAAAACCCAAAGCUAGGGCAGAGUGAGAGCUGAAGAAGAGGAACACAUCACUUACCUGAGGUUCGUGCCACUCCACCGAAGUUGCACACGUGUUGAAGAAGAUGACCAGUGUGAAAGAAGAGCUGACCGGAGCUGCCACGUGAGAGCUCGAAGCGUCACAGCAAGGUUCUCCAUCUCCCAUUUUUUUCUUUUUCCCCUUUCCUUUCCCCUCUUUCGUUUUCUUUUGUUUUUCUGACCCUAUAAAAAGGGCUUUCACCUUGUAAAUAUAUACUUUUGCACACUUUGAGAUACAUUUUCUGUUCAUAGUUCUAAGCUCUGUAGAUUAGGGUUAUUUUCCACUUUCUAUAGAGUAGGAUUCCGUUCUCUUUGCUUUUAGAGCGCACAUCACGGUGGUGACAGCCGCGGUGACUCUGAUUGAGCAUGUAUUCGGUACAAUUUUUGUAAUUUUUCUUUUCUCGUUAAUAAUACAGUUUGUUCUUGAUGUUUCA